AUGGCCAACCCAAGACAGGAAUGCAAGGCCAUCACACUAAGAAGUGGAAAGGUGGUGGAGGAAACCUCCUCAAACCACAACUUGCAAGAAAAAGAAGCUGCAAAUGACUCAGAAACCAAGAAGGAAGAAGAGACACCUGAUCCAGAUCCACCAAAGCAUGUCUUGAAGCCCUAUGUACCAAAAGCACCCUACCCACAAGGGCUGAGAAAAGAUGGGAAGGACAGCCAGUUUUCUAGGUACUUUGAGAUCUUUAAGAAGCUUCAACUCAACAUACUUUUUGUUGAGGCAUUAGAGCAAAUGCCAUUCUAUACCAUCUUUCAGAAGGUGCUCAUGACAAAGAAAAGAAACUGGGGAGAAAAGAAAACUGUGGUGCUCAUGGAGGAAUCCAUGAUGAAGAGAAUGAGAAUUGAAGAGGCCAAACCAACAAGGAUGGAACUUCAAUUAGCUGAUAGAACAUUUAAGUUCCCUCAUGGAGUGGUGGAUGACUUAUUGGUGAAAGUGGGAGAGUUCGUCUUCCUAGUGGAUUUUGUAGUGCUUAAUAUGGAGGAAGAAGCUAACACCUCAAUCAUACUAGGAAGACCAUUCCUAGCUAUAGCUGGAGCUAUAAUUGAUGUAAAAAAGGGAGAGUUAGUCUUGAGACUGCAUGAAGAGAAGAUGGUAUUCAAUGUCUUCAAAGUAAUGAGCUACCCAAAGGAAUCUAUUGGUGAAUGCAUGAUGGUGGGCACAAUGGAGACGAUAGUUCAAGGAGUCCUAGAAGAAGAUCAAUGUGAAGAAGUUAUGGAGCAAGACCAACAAACAACAUGUGGUGAACUACCACAAGCAAUCAUAGAAGGCUCAAUCAUGUUGGACAAGGCAAGUAAGAAGGAAGUGGAAGCACCAAAGUUGGAGUUGAAGACACUGCCUCCAAGCUUGAAGUAUGCCUACUUGGGAGAUAAUGCCACAUAUCCGGUAAUCAUUAGUUCAAGCUUGAGUAAGGAGUAA